AUGGAAUUGCUGUGGAUCAAGGAUAUCUUCUCUAGGAAAUUUGUUGGGUUCAGUGGAAUCUUCAAGGUAAAGUUCAUUUUCCAUCUGUUUCCAAUCUUCUUGACUGCGGAUUACAGAGGACGUCCUAUCAUAUCAAAUACAACAUAUGUCCCAGCCUGGAAUGCUCCAAGUGACAACUGUAAAUCAUUUCAUAUUUCUAUGGAUCUGAGCUUCUAUGCAUUAAAAGGAAACCCUCAAGACACUGCCAUAGGUCAAACUGUUAGCUUAUUUACUGCCCCAAAACUUGGCCUCUAUCCUUACAUAGAUGAAAGAACUGGAGAGCAUAAACAUGGAGGGAUUCCUCAGUUGGGAAAUGUAUCAGAACAUUUGAAACAAGCUGAGAAAGACAUUUUAAAAUACUUACCAAAAGAUGAGUUAGGCUUGGCUGUAAUUGACUGGGACGCAUGGAGACCUACCUGGAGAAGAAACUGGUUAAAAAGAACAAUUUAUAGAAUCGAAUCAAUUGAGUUGGUAAAAAAAAAGUCAAAGCUUGUAGGUGUAGCUGCUGAGAAUCAGGCAGAAAAAGAAUUUGAAGCUGCAGGAGAGGAAUUCAUGCAGAAGACUUUGGAAUUAGCACUGAAACUUCGACCAAACAAUUAUUGGGGUUUUUCCCGUUUUCCUGACUGUAACAAUAAUAAUUUUGCAAAAGUUAAUCUCUACACUGGAUCAUGUUCAGAAUCAGAAAAGAAAAGAAAUGAUGAGCUCAACUGGUUGUGGAAACUAAGCACUGCCCUUUUCCCAUCCAUUUAUUUGAGUUCAAAACUAAAGCAAACCUCAAAGGGUGCACUCUAUUCCCGUAAUCGCAUUAAUGAAGCCAUUCGGCUUUCUAAAGUACGCGACGAAAAAAAUCCAAUUCCGAUUUUUGUAUAUACCCGUCUAGUUUUUAUUGAUAAUAUGACAGAAUUUCUUUCUGAGAUUGACCUUGUGAAUACAAUUGGUGAAGCAUACGCUCUUGGGUCUUCUGGAGUUGUAAUUUGGGAAAGCCCGACAUUAACCCAAACAAGCGUCAUCACUAAUAUUAUCCAUGGAGAAAUAGUUCCUUAA